AUGAUUUCGAGAGAGGCAGUUCAGUUUACCGCCGCCACGGCGUUUGGUGCGGUGGUCUCCGCCGUGGCAGUCGGCUUGUUCUUCAGCUUCAGAUGCCCCAAACCCCGCCGCCCGCAAAACGACGCCGUGCAGCAUAAAUCGUCGCGUCAGAGCCCCUUUGAUCCUUCCAAAAGGAAAGGGUACCUAUCUUGGGACGAUUAUUUUAUGGCAAUUGCAUUUCUAUCAGCUGAGAGGUCAAAGGAUCCAAAUCGACAGGUGGGUGCUUGCCUGGUGAGUGAAAAUGGAAUAAUACUCGGCAUCGGCUACAAUGGAUUUCCACGUGGUUGCUCUGAUGACAAACUUCCAUGGUCUAAGAAAUCCAAGAAUGGGGAUCCUCUAGAAACAAAGUACCCGUAA